AUGAGUUUAAAUUUUAGCAUAGCCAAUGUUGUUUAUGUAAAGAACCUUUCCACCGAUGUGACAGAGAAGGACAUAAAAGAAAAGUUUGAAUCAUGCGAUGAGAUAAUUGGUGUCGUUUUUAAGAACUUUCCCGGGAAGAACCAGAAGUACUGUCAAAUCGAGUUCAAAAGCUCAGAAGGAAUAACGAAAGCGUCUCGCCUCAAUGGCGAGCUUCUACUCAACGUCCCCAUGGUUGUAACUGUCAUCGAACCCAUUUCACACAAUCCACCUUUUUCCGACCCAGCUAUCGGUAACACUGAGACGGAUAAAAAUUUAGCCACAUCCCUAGAUGUACGAACCGGCGCACUCGUUAACAAUGCUACUGCACAAGCCCUGCAGAACAUUCUUCUCCAACAGCAGCUCAUAUCUGAUCAGAAGAAAGGGCUCGUGGAUUUUCAGAACUCCUUGAACGAGAAGAACAACAAAUUUGAUGUCUUCUCUAAAAUUAUUUACAUGGAAAAUGUACCCCCAAAUUGUAGGGAAGAUGAUAUAAAGGCCCUGUUCAAGAACGUGGGGACCACCACCAGCUACAAGCUCCACUACAACGAACAGAAAAAAGUGAACACAGCGUUCGUUGAAUUUACGAACGAAGAACAUGCGAAGGCUGCUUUACAUUUGAACGGAACCAAAAUAGGAACGAACGAAAUAAUUAUAAGAGAUGCAUGUAGCUUAAUCAACGAAAGAGAUAAUUUGAAAAAUAAUUUUUCCUUCUAUAAUAACGGCACAAGUGUCACAAACACCAAGGGUGAUGUCAGUGAUUCUCCACCAGCCAAAAAACAACCCGUGGUUAAUGAGAAGGUGGAGAAGGUCCUCGCCUUACGGGAUAAAUUAAGUCAAAAGCUUUUUGCCUUGUAUAAUUCGGGUGCUGUGGUUGCAAAUAACCUUGCACAGGUUAAUCCGCAACUGAUCGGGGUGCCCGCAGAGGGUGGUGCGGGAGUGGCGGGAGUGGCGGGAGUGGCGGGAGUGGCGGGAGUGGCGGGAGUGGCGGGAGUGGCGGGAGUUGUACCAGGAUUUGUGGUUGGGGUAACUCCGGGAGCCACUUCCACCCACAGUGCCAUGUUGAACAACGAGCAACUGAAAGCGGUAGCGGAGAGUAACAACGGAUCGGUCCGUCGACCCGAUGAAACCAACUUGAGCGAGGAGAAGAAAAAGGCUAAAGGGGGAGACGACGAAAAGGAUGGUGAUGACCACGUUGGUGAGGAUGCGGAUGCGGAUGAAACAGAAAACGAUGUGAGGAAAGGCAAAAAAUCCAGGAGCGCGAAAUACAGCAGUAGUGAAUCGUCUUCCUCCUCUCGAAGCCGCUCCUACACAUCAUCCAGUAGCAGGAGCAGCUACAGGAGGCAUGGAACCAAAACAAAUUCCAGGCGAAAAGGUAGCCAUAAAAGGCGCAGAAGCACUACACGUAAAAGAGAUAAAUAUGAUAGCCGAUCAAGGAGCUCGCACCGAACCAGGAGUAACGAUUCAUUAAGUUCAUAUGAAUCACAUAAAAGAAGCAGGUAUCGUGACAGGGAGAGCAAAAUCAGAAAAAUGAGGAAAAGGUAUCACAGCUCUUCCGUCAGCUAUAGCAACUCUUCUGAUUCCCCCAGACGUAGGAGAAAAAGAUCCACCAGCAACAAACCCUGGUGGGUCAAGGAAUCGGAAAAGAUGGAAAUGAGGCAACGUCUCAAGGAGAGGCAGAGGAGAGAAAUGGCCUACAGAGAAAGGUAUAGACGAUAG